AUGGUGUUCCAUCGGGUAGGCCGGGAGAAGAAGCCUGUGGUGGGGGAGCUGGUGCUGGGAGUCUGUGCCACAGGAAUCAUCAUCUACGAGUUGAAAAACCACCUCCGCACUGUCACACGGCGAUUCCUCUGGAAGGAGACCGAUACCAUCUCCGCCAACGUGAGUACUACUGGAAUACUAGGGUUGUACUAUAACUACUAUAGAACUAUUACUAGUUCCACUGUAGACCAGAUACCAUAUUUUCCACACACUCUUAGAAAAAAAGGGUUCCAAAAGGGUUCCUUGCAGAGGGAUAGGGUUCUACCAAUAACAAUUUUCAUCUGAAGAACCCUUUUUGGAAGAUGAGUGUUCUUUGUAAGGCAAAGGGUUCUACCUAGAACCUUUUUCAUCCUAAGAACCGUUUUUGAAGGAAGAGUUCUUUGAUGAUUCUUUGGAAGACAAGAAUGAUUCUUUGGAAGGCAAGAAUAAGGGUUUUACAUAGAACUCUGAAUAACCUUUUUUUAUUGAAUUUUAUUGGCUAGAGCAUUACUGUUUACCUCAAUGUGUAGCCCUUUCUUGCAGUCAAAUGACCAAAUCACCCGCUAGUGGCCUCAUGGGUGGCAUGUUAUUAAUAUUUUUCAUAAUUAAUAAACAUUAUUUAAAAUAAAAUAAAACUGCAGAAAAUCUGGUGUUUCAAUGUCAAAAUGGUUUCAUUAUUUUUCAGUCUUCUGUGAUGUAUAUAAAGUGUAAUAUUGGGAUGCAAACUCAAAAUAUAAUACAUUUCAACUCUAUAUCUGACAUGGUACAGGGUUUUUUUGGGGGUUUUUUGAAGACCAUAACCAUGUGUGUAAGGUGAACACUUUUGUUUCAAAGUAGAUUUGUUUAAGACUACCAAGAAACACUCUAUGGCCCUGAUUUAGCCCACUGCAGUAACAUGUUAAACUUUAGCCUUCUAAAGUUUAAAAAGAUAGGUGUGAGAAUGUUUUAAAUUGUACCUAUAUGAGAAUAUUUGUUCACAGCAAAUUGACCAGUGUUACCUAGUGUUGAUUUUUCAGUUUAACAUUUCAGUGUAACAGAGGUAAAUUAACACUCAGUGGUGUAAAUUAACACCAGUGUUGGUGUGAAAACCAGAGGUGAAUGUGAUUUGUGUCAUUUUUACUUUGUGUAGGGUAAAACACUCAAAACCACACCCAUCAUUAUCAUAUUUCCCAGCAUGCUCUAAAGUAGGCUGAUUUUUAAAAAAUUGUUUAUUUCAAUAUCUGUGUUUUUGCAUGUGCAUUGGUUGAUUGAUUGAUUGAUCUGAUGGUACACAAAGAUAAAUAGCAUACAUUUUUCUAAACUAAUCGAAUUGGUUAGUAGUUGGACUUAUUGUCCCCAUUACAGAGAUGGUUGUUCCUGUUUAGAUGGUUUGGGUAGUCUCAUUUAUCAAUCUUCCCCACCAUGGCAGUCAUUCUGAAUGCGGGUGAUUAAAAGUUCAAAUUGGAGGUUGUUAAUGUAUUCACCCACCUUGGCAUUUUUCCUAUUUUGUUGCCUUACAACCUGGAAUUAAAAUUGAUUUUUUGGGUGUUUCUAUCAUUUGAUUUACACAACAUGCCUACCACUUUGAAGAUGCAAAAUAUAUUUUAUUGUGAAACAAACAAGAAAUAAGACAAAAAAACAGAACUUGAGCGUGCAUAACUAUUCACCCCCUCAAAGUCAAUACUUUGUAGAGCCACCUUUUGCAGCAAUUACAGCUGCAAGUCUCUUGGGGUAUGUCUCUAUAAGCUUGGAACAUCUAGCCACUGGGAUUUUUGCCCAUUCUUCAAGGCAAAACUGCUCCAGCUCCUUCAAGUUGGAUGGGUUCCGCUGGUGUACAGCAAUCUUUAAGUCAUACCACAGAUUCUCAAUUGGAUUGAGGUCUGGGCUUUGACUAGUUCAUUCAGACUGGGACGGAGGUUCAAAUGUUUCCCCUUAAACCACUUGAGUGUUGCUUUAGCAGUAUGCUUAGGGUCAUUGUCCUGCUGGAAGGUGAACCUCCGUCCCAGUCUGAAAUCUCUGGAAGUCUGAAACAGGUUUCCCUCAAGAACACCAUCCCCACAGUGAAGCAUGGUGGUGGCAGCAUCAUGCUGACAUCCCCACAGAAUGAUGUUGCCAUCACCAUGCUUCACUGUGGGGAUGGUGUUCUUGGUGUGAUGAGAGGUGUUGGGUUUGCGCCAGACAGCGUUUUCCUUGAUGGCCAAAAAGCUCAAUUUUAGCCUCAGAGUACCAGAGUACCUUCUUCCAUAUGUUUGGGGAGUCUCCCACAUUCCUUUUGACGAACACCAAAUGUGUUUGCUUAUUUUUUUCUUUAAGCAAUGGCUUUUUUUCUGGCCACUCUUCCGUAAAGCCCAGCUCUGUGGCGUGUACGGCUUAUAGUGGUCCUAUGGACAGAUACUCCAAUCUCUGCUGUGGAGCUUUGCAGUUCCUUCAGGGUUAUCUUUGGUCUCUUUGUUGCCUCUGAUUAAUUCCCUCCUUGCCUGGUCCGUGAGUUUUGGUGGGCGGCCCUCUCUUGGCAGGUUUGUUGUGGUACCAUAUUCUUUCCAUUUUUUUUUAUAAUGGAUUUAAUGGUGCUCCGUGGGAUGUACAAAGUUUCAGAUAUUUUUUUAUAACCCAACCCUGAUCUGUACUUCUCCCCAACUUUGUCCCUGACCUGUUUGGAGAGCUCCUUGGUCUUCAUGGUGCCGCUUGCUUGGUGGUGCCCCUUGCUUAGUGGUGUUGCAGACUCUGGGGCCUUAGAUUGCACACAGGUGGACUAUAUUUAACUAAUUAUGUGACUUCUGAAGGUAAUUGGUUGCACCAGAUCUUAUUUAGGGGCUUCAUAGCAUACAUAUGCACGCACCACUUUUCCGUAAUUGAUUUUUUCAAAUUUUUUGAAAAAAGUUAUUUUUUUCAUUUCACUUCACCAAUUUGGACUAUUUUGUGUAUGACCAUUGUAUGUAUCUAUUGUCAUAAAGAGUUUAAUUUUAAAGCCUGGUGGAACCGUUCAUAGAGGGUUCUAGGAAGAACCAGUUACAGGGGGUUCUAUGAAGAAACCAACAUAGAGGGUUCUACCUAGCAUCAAAAAGGGUUUGCCUAUGGGGACAAACCCCAAAAACCCUAUAUGGUUCUACUUAGCACCUUUUUUUCUAAGAGUGCACUGUGCUUUCAGAAGUGUUUGCCAUUAACCGCUCCAAUGCUCUGGAUUUAAAAGACAACCCCCUGACGGUUGUCUCUCUCCCCUCCUCCCCCAGCAUCGUAAACUGACCAUAGAGUGUGGUGGUCCCAGUGGUAAGAAGCACAUCUUUGUGACAGAGAGUUCUAAGAUUGCGCAGUACCUCGUCAGUCUCUGCUCCGGGCAGCACAAGUUCCACAGCGAGAUGAGUUCCAGGCAACUCAGCCACAGCAUUGCUCAAGGUACGGGGUUCUUAGAGCACACACAGGCAGGCACACACGCACACAAACACACACAAUUGCUUAUUCAUUAUGAUUAUUUGUUGUCUUUCCAGAUGAGAACAUUGAGAAGUACCAGUCUAUCUGUCGGACGCGCGACUCCCGUAUGAAGCGUCUUUCAUGUUCUGAGGUCGUCCUGAACAACCUCGGCCACCGCGAGUCGUUAAGUAAGUCGUGUGAUGAAAUCACGGCGAAGGUGGAGGCGCGUCUAAGGCAACAGAGAGAGUUGAGGGAGAUGAACAGAGAUCUACCCGAGCCAUGCCCACUGUCAGAGAUGAAGGAACAGCAGGCCUGG